GAACACUUUAUACAAAAAUAUAUCUUCAUCGCACACCUGGGUUUAUCUAGGCGCCCAGGACUCUGUUUGCCCAAAUUCUUCUCCGAAGUCACCAGGACAAUUUUCCCUGAGAUCGUAAAGUCUCACUCGUUCGAAUCUACGACAAAUAUUAUAGUUUUUCCAAUAGCUCUAAAGUCAAAACUCCCUACAGAUAAUACCUCCCCUACUAGGGUUCAUAUUUCGACUCCUGGAUCCGCAAAUCGACUUACAUUCAAGAUGUCUCACCUUUCGCCCGCCACGAUAUUCUCACCUACAGUUGCCCGCCAGCAACUUGCAGCUGCUAAAGACUGGUCAUAUAUUGAUAGCUGGCUCUUGAUCAAAUUCGCAAAUCAACCCAUUCCAGCCUUCGAACGAAAUGCCUCUACACUCAAAGCCCUCCUCUCUCUCGCCUCACUCAAUGAGACAGCAGAUGAAGAACAAGAACUCCUGGCUCGAUCUCGAGAAAACGCUCUCACCGCCAUCCAAACCUCCCUCGAUAAUGACCCAAAUACAGAGCUCUUGCACACCCUCGAAGAUUCCCUUACUCCUGAAGGCCAAACUGCUCUCGAAAGUCUCUCAUCUUUAUCCACAACCCUCAAUUUAUCCACUCCGUCAACUGAACUUAUCGGCCGCAAACUACUCUCUCUGCAAACAGCAUCCUACACACUUUCUCAAGCCACCUCACGCGUGGCUACUCUCCAACGUUCCCUCGCCACGGAACUAACCAAUCUGACUACACUCAUCGCUUCCCUUCAAUCGCCCUCCUAUCAAGCGUCCAAUGACCUACCAAAGCAGACUCUCGACCUCCAGCGCAAAAUUAAAAUUCUCACAGGCAAACUUCCAGAAAUCCGCGAGCGUAUGGCCGCCCUGUCCUCCUCGUCCAAUUCUUCCACGUCCAAGAUAACAGUAGAAACAAUCAAAGCUGAAGAAGAGAAAUUCAAAGAGUGGCUGGAGACAGUGAAGGAUUUGGAAAUGCAAGUUAAGGCGUUUCAUGGUUUACCACAAGAUAUCGAUUUGGCGAGACUGGAACUGGAGAGUUUGAGAAUGGAGUUGAGGGAUCUUACAAGGGAGAGGGACGGGCUAUUUGAAGGGCUCGUGGAGAGGGAAAGUCCAAAGAAGAGGGGGAGAUAGGAUGUCGAAUAGCUAUUUCUGAUUAUUGACGCUUAGGUACAAAUAUAGUGGUGAAUUACGUGAUGACUGCAAGCUCCCA